UGCUAUUUGUACGAUCUACAAGAGGAAUUGGCGAUGCUCAAUCUCGAUCCGUGUCCGGGCUCUGAUGGCUACGCGCGACACGAUAAUAUUUUUGCGACGCACUACCCAAUGGAGAACGAGAACGACAAUAAUUAUAACGAGUACCGGCUGCCGCCGCCAUUUCCAUUCCAAUACGAGAGUCCAAUCUGCUCUCGAUCGCUGAGCAUCGCCGAGGUUGCCUAUAGCAACGGCAACAACAAUCUGAACUACGACGAGAAUGAUUACGACGACGUCGAGGAAGAGAGUCCGAGAAAGGGCAUCCUGCAACAGAUGUUCUGCCUUCCGUUAAACUAGACUAAAUAUCGAAAUAUCCCGAAGAAACAGAAGUAUCAUCGCUCCGCGUUACGUUGAAAGUUCAUUCUAAUUAAUUCCUCGUUGCUCUCCUUUAAUUCGGGUACCUUGGCACGUGAACGAGGAGAAGAAGAUAUAAUUAAAAGUACGGAAUAUCGCUGCUAGUUAGCAAUCAUCCUAAGAUACAACUGCAAAGCCAAAUGGCGUUCGCGAAAUUGGAAUUGGCUGAGUAUUCACUGAAUAUCCCGAGGGAAUUGGUGCUCCUUCGAAUACAUAUAAUAACUAUAUAGAUAUAUUUUUCUCUUUCCCUAGCUAGCGUAUCCAACUCUCUUUCGCUUGGUAUUGCAUAAUAGCCAAGCUGAAUAACAAAGUUAAAAGUGUACACUCAGAGAUGGAAUUAGGUACCUGACUGCACCAUUUGAAUUUCAAUUUUUUUUUUGUUUACUUUUCUCUAAGUUUCACAAAUCCUUCAUCAUUGCGUCACGCCAUCGUUCCAUGAAUAACGUGAUAUAGAAAUUAUUUAACGAUCUGUUUAUCGCAACGAUGCGAUUGUUUUUGCGCUCGCGAUGAAAAAAAAAAAAUAUAUAUCAACGUCACCGAAUCGCACCACACGCAGCUCCUCGUUCCCAAUGUAAACACCGUUGAGGAUUUUAUAUAGACGGAGUUUCGCGGGUCUCAUUGAGAAUUGGUAGGUUUCCAUAGAAAUUUCGAAUUUUACGUAUAUUUUUUAAUAAUCCUACAAUUUCCGAUCUAAUGAAAAACUUUUACGUACGAGAUGAUCAUUGCCAAUCGUCAUAAUUGAUAUUUUAACGAGAGGAAUGACUCAUUUGCAAAUUGAAUCGAACUAACGUUUUCAGGCGAUAUUAUUAUAUCGUGAUGCCUAGGACGUUCCUUUGAUAAAAUCAUACAUGGAGUAUCCUCAAUGAGAUCCCUCGUGUGUCUCCCAAAUAUACGGUAUAGACUAAUAUACAUAGCCCUGUACAUAGGAACGAAGUACAGAGUCCUGAGAUACGUACGAGGUCUCGGGCGUAUUUAAGACUCUCGAAAGACGGGACUUUAGUUAUAUUUGUAAUAUAAUAAUAUAAUGACUACUAUAUAAUAUAACGUAUUGUAAUGAAUACCGCGACGUGCAUUGGCGCUCGUACGAUUCGUUCUGAUUUGCGUCGGAUUCGUCAAGCCAUAGUAAAAAAAAAAAAAAAAACGAGAGCAAA